UUACCAUUUGUAAUAUUGUGCAUAAAUAUACAGACAAAUGGUCAAUAACUACAAGGAAUCAAAAAACUUUACUGGAAUAUUGGAUAUCAGAACAAGAUUUAGUUCCUCACAUAAGGCAAGAGUGUAUUCUGUAAAUUAAGUUAUUGGAAUACUAAUCUUUUAUUUUAUCUUUUAGCAUUUGCUUAAAUAGUACAGUUCAGGUAGAGUGGGUGGCAUUUGAUGGUUGGAGAAUUACCAAACAAUUUGUGGAUUUGAGAACUUCCACUUUAUAUUCUUUUAUAGGUAACCUUUCACAAAUUAAUAAUGCUUUAACUUAUAUCCUGUGUAUGCUAUUUAUAGGUAAGGUACAAAAGGUGUCUGAACUAUAAAUUAAGCAUUACAUUAGAGCAAUUAAAGUUACAAAUUACGUUGUAUUCCAAAUAAAACGUCGCACAAUUGGAUUUUGCAGAUAGCUUUGCAAGAUAUAAGUUGUGCAAAGGAGUUGCUAGCACAACUAAAAAUACUAGGUUUACUUUGAGUGUCUUCUAUACUCACAACAUUUAUCUGAUUUGUAGAUGAGAGUGGGUCUAGCAAGAGAUACUCUUAGUCGUAGAGUGGCAUAUGCUUUGGAAGAUGUUCCUGGAUCAAUUGUUUGCAGAUGGUUCGACAUAGUUACAUGUGGUGUAAUGAACCCAAUAAGAUCCUGUAACGAUGAACGACUGAUUUGGCUGGAAAAUCAAUUUCGGAAAUAUUUGUUAGAUUGGCGGAAUGAAGUUGAUACACUGCAUCCGGGAGAAGAAAAGCGAAUUAUUGCAAAACAAACGUAUGAUGGGUUAUUGUUUACAACGACAAACAUGGUUCAUCUCACAAAACAUUUGUUGCAACAUGGUAUUGAAUAUGUUUGUUUAAAAACCUUGACUCAAGAUGCCUUGGAAGCUGUAUUUGGAAACUUGGUAAGACAUUUGUAUUUAAAAAUAUAAAUGAUCAUAUAUGAUAUAACAACAAGUU